CCCCCGUCUCCCGCCGCCCCCAGGCUCCGCCGGGCAGGAUGCGCGGGGGCUGCGCGGUGGCGGCGGUGGUGCCCUGGCUGGCCCUGCUGGCCCUGGCCCGGCAGCCUCCCGAGAAGCCGUCGGCCUCCCCCCAUGUCACCCGCCGCCCCUUCCUGGUGGCCUGGAACGUGCCCACCCAGGACUGCAAGCCCCGCUUCCAGGUGGAGUUUGACUUCAGCAUCUUCGAUCUGGACGCCUCCCCCAAUGAAGGCUUUGUGCGGCAGGACCUCACCAUCUUCUACAAGGAGCGCCUGGGACUCUACCCCUACUACACUCGCCAGGGUGUGCCCGUCAAUGGUGGUGUCCCCCAAAACAGCAACCUGUUGGAGCACCUGGACCGCCUUGAGGACGGCAUCACCAAGUACAUCCAGUCGCCCACCAGGGAAGGGCUGGCCGUCAUUGACUGGGAAGAGUGGCGGCCUGUCUGGGCUCGCAACUGGAAGCCCAAGGACAUCUACCGGGAGGUGUCACAGAGUCUGGUGUUCGAGCGUAACCGAAACUGGACCCGUGAGAUGGUGAACAAGCAGGCAGUGUUCGAGUUUGAGUCAGCUGCCCAGGAGUUCAUGGUGAGGACCCUGCGCAAGGCCAAGAGCAUCCGACCGAAGCAGCUCUGGGGGUUCUACCUGUUCCCUGAUUGCUACAACCAUGACUACAGCAAGAACAAGGAAAGCUACACUGGGCAAUGCCCGGACGUCGAGAAGACCCGCAAUGACCAGCUGGUGUGGCUCUGGAAGGAGAGCACGGCGCUCUACCCCUCCAUCUACCUCGACCCGCUCCUGGACUCCACUCCCAACAUCCGCAAGUUUGUGCGGGCACGGGUGAUGGAGGCCAUACGCAUCUCCCAGCAGCACCAUGACAACUACUCCCUGCCUGUCUUUGUCUACACCCGGCCCACCUUCAUCCGCAAGCUGAAUGUGCUCAGCCAGCUGGACCUGAUCUCCACCGUCGGAGAGAGCGCAGCACUGGGUGCAGCUGGAGCCAUUUUCUGGGGUGAGGCGGAUGACGCCAAAAACCGGGAGUUGUGUCAGACUUUGAAGAACUACCUGGAGGGGGACCUGGGGCGCUACGUCGUGAAUGUCUCAACAGCAGCAGAGCUCUGCAGCAAAACACUGUGCCAGGGCCAGGGGCGCUGCCUGCGCCAGAACAGCACCGCCGACGUCUUCCUCCACCUCAACUCCACCAACUUCCAGCUGCGGCGCCGGGAUGCAGACCACCCCAAGCACCCCCUCUUCUGGGUCGAGGGCCAGCUGUCCCCUGCUGAUAUCCUCUUCCUACGGACCCACUUUCACUGCCACUGCUACCAGGGCUGGCAGGGCAGUAGCUGUCAGACACCCACUGGCCUUGGCAAUGGUUCCCCUGGGCUCAUGGCACCACUAGGACUUGGGGUGCUGUUGCUGCUUGCAAGCUGGUGCUGACCCCCGCUGGACUGAGCUGCCCCUUUCUGUGGUGUAGGGGCCUAUUUAAGAUUAUCACUACCCUGCCUGGGAGGCAGCUUGUUAUGGGGGGCUGCCCUUCACUGUGAGGGGAGAGCUGUUUUGCCCCAUCUCUGCCCUCCCUGCUGCAAUGGGGAUGGAGGGAGGAGGGGGACCCCUCUCCUGUUGUAAGGAGAGGGAUGGGGGCAAGUGGGACAUGGGGGCGGGGAGUGGGUUCUGUGUGGUGCUGAGCCCCUGUGUGCUGCCCCACUCUCAAGUGCUUUACCUCGAAUAAAGCUGGUCCGAG